UUGUUUACAGCGGUGAGCAGGCGACUGCAGCUGCUCAGACAUGGCUGUGGAUAUCACGUUACUUUUCAAAGCCAGCGUUAAGACGGUCAAAACUAGGAACAAGGCGAUAGGAAUAGGCUUCGACUCUACCAAAGAUGAAAUUUUCAAGAGAAGUAGGCCGAAGAGUGGCUUCUCACCGAGGGCGAAAGAAGUGAUCACGAACAUCACCAAGCUCAAAGACUUUCUGCUGCAACACAGAAAAGAUUAUGUGAGCGCUGGAAGUCUCAUUUCAUCAGACCUUUCCCGCAUGACAGACAGCGAACGAGACCAGAUCGACCAGGAUGCUCAGAUCUUUAUGAGAACUUGUUCAGAAGCCAUCAAGCAGCUGCGCAAUGAAGCUGAGAAACAGGUGACGUCAGCUCAGAUAAAGGAGCACAGGGCAGCAGUGCUGGACCUCAUUGAAAUGUAUCUAAAAGGAGUAUGCAAGCUCUACUCUGAGCAGAGAGCAAUUAGAGUCAAGAGAAUGGUGGACAAAAAGAGGCUAUCAAGACUGGCACCAGAGCAUCAGAGUCGAGUGGAGAAAACAGUGGAAGUGGAGCCCACAGAGGAGGACACUGUCAAGGAGGGAAGUUCUGAGAAGAGUGUAUCAGAAGUCCUGGACAACCCUGCAAACCUGUGGGAGGAGGGCCGGGUGGAGGAUGAGCUCUCUCCAGAGGAGAUUCAGAUGUUUGAGCAGGAAAACCAGAGGUUGAUCAGUGAGAUGAAUAGCCUGGUGGAUGAAGUGAGGCAAAUCGAGGGAAAGGUGGUAGAGAUCUCACGACUUCAGGAGAUCUUUGCUGAGAAAGUCCUGCAACAAGAAGCAGAGAUAGACAAUAUUCAUCAGCUCGUCGUAGGUGCUACAGAGAAUGUUAAAGAAGGCAAUGAGGAUAUACGUGAGGCUAUCAAAAACAACGCUGGAUUCAGGGUGUGGAUCCUCUUUUUCCUCGUUAUGUGCUCUUUCUCUCUUCUCUUCCUGGACUGGUAUGACAGUUAACGCAACGGCCCAAAUGGACUCUGGCCAAACUGCCUGAAGCUGGUACACAAUGACUAUCUCAGAAGUGAUUGUGUGAUGCAGUGAAGUCAAGUGAUGACAUCAUGGUGCAUAAAUUGUUGUUCAUGAAGAUUGUGUCCUCAAGUUUAAAUGGCAGUUCCCUCUUCCCUGAUUCUAUCUAGGGUAGCUUUAAUAUAUAAAUGCACUUGCACGGUGGAAAGUCUGUGUCCAUUAUAACAAUUUGUCAGUGGUUUGAAUGGAUUUUUGUUCCUGCAGAAACUGUUUAAUGCACUAGAGGGGAUUUGUAUCUUGUCAACACAGUUUCAUGUAUUCAAAUAGAUUUGCCUUUCAUAUAAAUUAUUCUCUAUGCUCAGAAUUGCAGAUUUGAGCAGAAUAAAAACUGUACAUGCACAUCACAUACGUUCAAAUAAAACUAAUCAAUGUUCCACUAAUUGAAUGCGGAUUGAAUUUGUAUCUUCGGUCCUUAAUUCAUGAUAACAUUUUAUGAUAUAAAACAGUUUAUAAAUUUCGUAUUUAUGUGGGCUUGCAGAUAACAUCAAAGGCAGCAGAAAGCUGCGGCCUGCCUUGGUUCGUGUCAGCUAAGGAGAAAGUAGCUGUUGACUUCUGAUGCUUCUGCUAAUCUGUUAAUGAUGAUUAACCCGGAUUCUAAUGACGGCAUUAAAGCACUUUGAAUUUUUUUCUUUGAUCUCAGCU